GCUGCAUUUUGUCUGGGAUGGAAACAAACAAGCAGCAUCUGUCGCAGUGUGACGCAAUGGUGAAACUACGCUGAGGGGUUUGGUCCGAUCACCAUGGCAGCGCUCCGAUCACUCACCUUUCAUUAACGGCAGUUGAAGAGAUCCACGGGCCACACUUCCGGUGAUGGAGUUCCCCCAGCACUCCCAGCAGCUCCUGUCCGCGCUGCGCUCCCAGCGUCAGAGAGGCUUCCUCUGCGACUGCACCGUCCUGGUGGGAUCGUCCCAGUUCAUGGCUCAUCGUGCUGUCCUGGCCUCCUGCUCGCCUUUCUUUCACAUGUUUUACUCGGAUUCCCCAGGGAGCAAUGGUGAAAACAAAUCUAGCUGCUCUGUCACACUCGACAGUGACAUUGUCACGGCUGCUGCUUUUGGCUUGCUCUUGGACUUUGUUUAUGAAGGUGUGCUGCAGCUGGAGGAGUCUCAACCGGUGGAGGACAUACUGGCGGCUGCGAGCUUUCUGCACAUGAACGAGGUGGUGAGAGUGUGCAAGAGACGGCUGCAGAGACGAGGGCCUCAGGCUGAGGCCGACAGCACCCGCUCCGAGGAGAGUGCCGGUCUGAGGAAGGCAAUAGAGAGGGGAAGACAGAGUGAUGGUGGUGGAGCUGAGCCUGUUGUGGCCCUGGCAGGAGAUCACUUGAAUUCAGUUGCAACGGCAGUGCAACUCUCAUCAGUGGCGGUGGGGAGGCAGGUGGAGUCGGUCAAGUCUGAGCGGAGGACUAGUGGGGGGUCAUCAGAGGCACGGAUUCACACUCUUCUGAGCCCUGAUCUUGCUGAUACCACUCAGCCAGGAAUGGAUUCCCCUCCGUUCCCCCCAGGCAGAGAGUUCGUGCAGGGCCUCAUCACUGGUCAAUCUGUCCCCGCCUCUGGAGGUCACACGAGGAUGGGAGUUGGAGGUCAGGGGUCGGCACUCAGCAGCCCCUGCAGCACCACAGAGAUAUACAGCAGCAACCAGCAGCCCUCUUCCUCGUCUUCUUCCUCGUCUUCCUCCUCCCUGAUCCCUGUCAGUGUGGCUGGUGGGCGAUCAGGAGUUGCUCUGUCAGAAUCCAGUCUUUCUCCAAGCCUUCAUCAGGACGUACUUCGAUUACCCCGUCACAAUGAUGUUCGGAAACGCUUGGAGACCGACCACAGAGGUACAUCAGACGGAGGACAGCAGAUGGUCAUGUUAAUCCACGGGUCAGCACCCAACUCACACCUACAAUCCAAUCCGGUACAAUCACCAAUCCAGCGUGCACCUCCCCAAAUUCGAAUCCAGAACACUUUGUCACUCCAAAGCCAAAGCUCCGACUUUCACAUUCACUGUCAGACACAAAACCUUGGGGGACCUGAGGGGGAUACCGGAGCUUCACCCACCACAAGAAAUGUGGGCAGAGUGCGUACAGACAGCAGUAAUGAGAAGAAUGUGAUAGUCAAAGUGGAGGCCAUUGUUAUAUCUGAUGAAGAGCUGGAGGAGGAGAACAGAGAGAGAGAACCAGUGAUGGAACUGGACAAUGAUUUUGAAGACGACCUCCAGGAAGAGGAGUUGAACAGUCCUCAGUUUCUCCACUCCCACCCGCAGGCCCUACUACAGAUGACGUCCCAUUCAAAUGACUACUCCUUCCCCCUCUCUCCCUCCUCUUCCUCUUCUGGUGCCGGCCCUUCCUCGCAGGAACCCUCCUCUUUUGCUGCCUCCCUCCUCACUCCGUCCACAGCUCAGCAGCAUUUAGAGACUCCAACGUACUACCAGGACUCUAUGGGUAACUUCAUGGAGGACGUCCCCACUUGUGGCGUCUGUGGAAAGACAUUCUCAUGCACGUACACACUAAGGCGUCACGCCAUUGUGCACACACGCGAGCGCCCUUACGAGUGUCGCUACUGCUAUCGGAGCUACACACAGUCCGGCGACCUUUACAGACACAUUCGCAAAGCUCAUGACCAGACGCUGCCGGCCAAACGCAGCAAGGCAGACAUGGAGCCCUCCCUCUCCCCACAACCACCUCCGGACCUCAGUUAACACACAAUAUUUUCAAUAUUUAUACACACACACCAAAAUUGUAUCUGAUAAACUGACUGUAAUAAUGACUUCCACCCUAAAUUGAGUGGGGCUGCAGUUAGCGAUAACUUUUUCAUUCAAUUGAUGAAUUGUGUCAUCUUAAAAAUGUUACAAAAUGGUGAAAAUCUCCAUCACAAUGUCACAACGCCCAAAACGGUUUCUUAAAAUGUUAAUUUCUUAUUUUAUACAAUCACAAGUUGAAUCUGUAACACCAAUCUACAAUAAUCUAAAUAUUGACGUUUUAGAGGCUUUAUUGAGACAUUUUUUCCCCGUAUAAAUUAACAGCCAUCUGCUCUCAAAGUAUUAGAUUUCUGAAAUAAAUACUUAGAAAGCCUUUUCAAAAUAUAAAUACUUAUCUGUUAAUCUUGAUAGUUGCAUUAUUUACUUUCUUGAAUACUUAACACUACAUUUUAACAUUUGACCCUUCCCCAAAAGGACAAGGCAAACCUAUGAUAGAUUUUUUUUUAAUUAAUGUAACAACAUUUGAAAUCAAAGCACUCUUCCCUCUUGAGACCCAGCAAAAAUCAUGCCCUUAGUUGUGAUGCCUUUCAACUUUCAACCAUAAAAAGUAUCCUUCUCAUUUUAUUCUCAACCUGGACUGAAGUCACCUCUUCCUUCUAUUCAAGUGAGGACGUUUGGGUUCACGUAAGUUCAAUGAAAUACAAUAAUUAAUACUGAGAGUAAAUACCAGGGGUGUCGCAGUGAAAUCUGCUCAAGGUAGCAGAACGUAUGUCAAUGUAUGACAGGACACCUGUGCAUUACUCUUAAUAGCAACAGUCAUGUGAUAUUCUACACUCAAGCCAUCAGUUUAUGUUAAAGUAACACUAUGUGACUUUUAUUGAGCAGGCGCCCUCUGCAGCUGAACAUGGUGAUUAAUUCUAUUUGACUUAAUGUCUGAGCAAUAAAUGGGUUCACAUUAGGAGAAAAAACUAAGUCUAUCUAUGUGUUGCACAGUCCCACUCACUAAACCCAAACUGAGCGGUGGAUAUAAUCCCAUGAUCCCCGGCUUCCUGAAACAGAGGCUACUCUCUGUUCCCUCUGUUCAGAAUUCCUCAUAUUUCUUUGUUUUAAUGAAUUACAAGUCUAUUUAACUGAUCUACAGUUAAGCAUAACUUUUUUACUUGCUAUGUCUGACGAUUGAAGCCGGUCAGUUACACACUUCUCACCAAUCGUAUCCGGUCACCAAAAUUACAUAGAGGAGAUACAGACUUUCAUUUUCCGUAAUUCAAGUCAGUGAACCAUUGGAACUCAAUUCGAAGCUGCUAUUUUGUUGCUUGUUGAUCAAAUUGCCUUUCCAGUGUGACUGUGCCAGCAGAGAUCGACCCAUGUCCUCCCAUGUUGUACUGUUUGGUGUUUUAUUAACAGGAUGAAACUAUCUGUCCUUUAUGUGGCAGCACAUAUCUUCAGAAAGUAUAUAAUCAGAAUCUGAUCUUCAUAGCUGCUCCACAACUUCUCUGCUCUAAAGUUAUUUAAAUGAAAAACAAUAAACUGUAAAUUCUCUCAGCACUGUGCCUUAUGAUGUCCUGCCUUGCAAUUUCUCUAUCACAUAAUUCAUAGACUCAUGACAUUUUAUGAGUUCAAUUCAAUGAGCCUACAUUACCUGGUAGGCUUGUAGAGUGGAGGUGAGGAAGCAGUGAAUACCUUUUGUGUGUGUCUUUGCUUAUUCUGUAUUUUCUCCUGUUGUAGCAAACUGCAUAUACAGUGUGAACACACCUGCCUCCUGUCUCGUUGAAAUUUAAAACUGUAAAUGUGCCUCAAUGACUGUUUGACACUGUGGAAUUUGUUCUUCUGCACCAUUUCACCUGUUUUUGGAGCUGGUUUAAUGACAUUUCAUUAGUAUUGGUAUUGCCACAGAAACGUAAGAGUGUUGGAGUCAUAAAGGAAAGUUGAAUCAGUUGUUAUUUAGAGUUUUAUAGUAGCAGGUGAUGACAUUUCAAUGUUAUCUUGUUGUGAAUAAACUCUGUUUAGAAUAAAUGUGUAAAUAUUCAUGUUUCAGUGAGUCACACAAUGCACAAGUUGGUCAGUUCACUUUUUUUUUUAUUUCACAAGAGAGCAUGUACAAAAAUAUAAAUGUUACACCUGUAACUUAUUGCUCUGCAACAGUAACACUACACAGGUUAGUAUGUCGGAAGUUGUUUUACAGGCCGGUAACCAGCAGUAUCUGUACAUUUCAUUCCAAACACGUUGAGGUGAAAUCAACCAGCCUUUCCUCAGCAGGAGGUUUGGUCUCUAAUUCAGGCAUCGACCGGCCCGUGGAUCUGUGAGGAGACAAAAUAUCAGUGUCCACCUACAAAUCUGUCUGCCUUCGUGUCCUUGUAUUUCCAAACAAUUAUAUUCUGAUUAAAUAUUGUUGUCA